CGUUUUUCCUGUGCGCGAGAGGCUGUUCACGCAGUAAUUAAGAGAUAUCCCAUGAAUUAGCAAAUAGCGUCGAUUGCGAAGUGCGGAGGAAACCACGUCGCGCCUCCAACAGCGGCUGGCGCUAUAAAAGCGGCACCAGGGGUUCUAGCCAAGCUCGAGCACGCACGCACGUCUGAGUAGGAGGCAAAGGAAGUCCGUUAAAAGAAACACAGCCUCGUCCAUUUACUUAAUGCAUAGACGCUUCAAGACAUCUACAUAGGAAGGAUUGACAACAGACUGGCUUUUGAAAGCGUUCCUUCCUUAAAAAUAAUUCUGUUUUAGCGUAGAAGUUUGUUAUUGCAGUUUCUAUUGAGCACCAUCAGAGUAAGAUGCACGUUUUAGCCACGGCGACGAUAUGUCUGCUCUUCCAGGCCUUUCACGGUUAUUUAGCAGAUGGGUUUGAAAGAGACACCCGAGGAUUGGGGAUUAUGCGCAUGGGAAAGAGAGCCAACCAGCUGAAGAUGAUCCGCCUUGGUCGCGGUAUGAGGAUGCUGAGGCUCGGGAAACGAGGCGACCCCUACAUGUACGGUUACCCCUACGAUCUUUUCUACGAGCCAAGAAAUGAUAUCGCAGAGCAAUUCCGUCGUCAAAUUCCUACUUAUCCCAGAAUAGGGAAAGACUUAGACUAUGCGCCAUUUAGUGAGGAAUGGAACUGGCCGGCCGCCAAUCCGAGACCCCGAGUUGGCAAAGAACUGCAGGACUACGAGUGGGCGGCCGCAGAGGAGGCCAACCACGACGCCUCUCUCCCCUUUGUCCUUUCUCGGAAAAAGCGCUCGGCUGUAGAUAGGCCAGAGAGCCAUUACGACGAGAAAAAGGGCAGCCCAUCUCUCCCGCGCCUCGGCGAGCCCACAGCAAAGCGUUCAGAUGACGAGCCCCUUCCCUAUUUGCCCAAUGAAGACUAUGAGCAAUACGUCCGUGGAAUAAUCCCCUAUCCCCGCAUUGGCCGCUACGAAGCGUAUGACAUGCCCCCAGUUUAUGAUGAGGAUCCUUAUUUUGACACGUACGCAGACAAACGUGCUUUCCGCGGAUUACGACUGGGAAAGCGUAUGAGAAUGCUACGGCUGGGAAGAAGCGACUCCCAAAAAACAAACGACCUUUCAAAAGAGGAUUCUGACUUUUCACAACACGAAGAGAAGCGAAAGAUGCGCAUGCUACGACUUGGCAAAAGAAGCGAAAAUAGUAAAAUCAGUAAAGUUGCACCGGCUAAAAAUGAAAUCGCAUCCAAGAACUAAUAGUUCUUUUCCAUCUAUUUCAUUAUUAAUGAAGGUUUUUGAUAUUCAUGAACAUGGAACUUAAAAGUCAAUGCAAAGCUAACAAUUCUUUAAGCAUCUUUAAGCUUGAAUGCGCAAUUUCUGUGAUUUACAGAGUUGUGGUUCACUUGAACUCUAAUAGAAAAUACUCGAACCAAGUUCACGUAUGUUUAUUUGGAAAUAUGAAGAAGCAAGCUUUGUUUUCGGCUGAAGGGUUGUACAGAAAUAUUAUUUUGGUACUGUUUAAAAUGUCUAAUGAUUUACA